AGCUGCACUGGAGGAGUUAGGAAAUUGUAUAGAGACCUUUGUAAUGUUUGAUAAUUUGCACAGCUGAGUAUUGGAAAAUUUGUAAAUAAUAGAAAAACUGUGAAAAGAUGAUUCAUCAACAGAAAGGAAUCAUGCAGCAGUAAUAGAUAGGCCCUUUGUAAUAAAUGGAUUAUUUUCUACUGUCUAAAUUGCACUGCACUCAUGGCUUUGAAGAAAUAAAUCCAAUACGAUUUUGUUUGCGUAUGUAGAUGCGUAUUAACUGGAGGUAAAUGAUAGAAUCGUUUUUGAAAAGGUGCUGUGGGUGUAUAUGCCUACAUGGAAGCCGUGCAGGUUGCUGGACCGGUUGAUGGGCUUAUAGUCACAUAGCGCAAAGUUAGAUGGCAACAACGAACUUAACAUUGAAAUGGAUCUUGUGGAUAUAGACCAAGUUUUAGACAAUUUGGAAUUGCGGGAGGCGGCCGAUGAACACAAUAGAUCUAUAUCCGCAGGGAAUACGACGACAGCACAAAAUGCUGCCGAAUCGACUAACAAUCCGUCUAAAGGGGAUAAUGGAAGUGCAGUUGUUAGCUUAAAUAGCUCUAAUCACAAAAGUGGAUUUGUAGGUGUCUCCCAGGUAUUCAACAGCUUAGAUGACUAUCAAAAAAAUGUAGAAUCGCUGGAGACUGCACCCACACAGCGGUAUGAUGAAGAGUGUCGUCUGAUAUCGGACGAAGCAAAGCCGACACAGGAUUUGGAGAAAAUUUCAAAUGAAAAUGAGUUUGUUGAUGGAGUAAUUUCAGACAACUUGGCAACGAAUCAAAUACAAGAAAACACAUUAAAUAAUGAUAUGGUUGUGAAAACAAUAGAUGCUCGAAGUGAUAGUAGCAUAGAAUUGGCUCAUGACAAAUUGUACGAAGAUGAUGCAGAAGAUGAAGAAGAGGCAAGUGACGACUUGCACAAAUUUACUGAAGAUAACAGACAUAUUCGUAGAAUUGGUUAUGAAGAGAACGAAGUAGGUGGUAAUAGCCCACUUUCGUCAGACUCCUUGACGACAUCAUCGUCAUCGACAUUCUCGUCAGGUCCAUCUCCUGGUAUUGUUUCCACCACUGACGAGCACUCAGCACCGCUAACCCCUGAUGAUGAGUGCGCAAGUGAUGAUCGAGAUGCUUUAUUGCCUGUACAUCCAAUCGGAACUGAACCAGAUGAUGAGGACGAUGAGGAGCCAGGUGUAAUGACUGACGAAGAUAUCGCUGAUGAUGGAAAGGAGAGCGACUUGAUGAGUGCACCGCAAGCUGAAAGUACUGGUGGAAUAGAAGACAUAGCGGUAGGUUUGUCAUCCAUAUCAUUGGCAACCGGAAAUUCUCAACUUAAUUUACCCACGGUUUCUUCGGUUUUGCAAAACGUAUUGGAGGAUUUGUCGGAGACUACGAGUAACUCGCUAUUAAGCCAGCAACGAAAAGAAACUGGAGAAAUUCAAAAUUCGGAAUCUGCUCCACUUGGUAGCGAUGAUUUUAAAAAACUGGAAUCUGCAGGUGAAGCAGCUGAUGAGAAAAUUGCAGGCAACAAUCUCGAGUGUGAUGUUCCGCCACAUAAACCACUACCAAUAAAAGUUCUCCAGCAACCUAUAACAUUUGGUUCGACCAUGGACGAAAUCUCUGAUGCAGAACUGGAUAGCAUGUUACAAGAGAUGGACAUCGAUGAUGUUAGCGAGGCUGACGUUCUGCCAAAAUUCAAUGUUUCAGCAAAUCACAACUCUCCUCCUCAGCCACAGCCAACAGCUAUAAUUGCAAAAGAGGUUGAAAAUGUUGUUGCAUUUACACCACCAAAGUCAACAACGAAACAUGAAGAAACAUGUCCUGAUUCUGAAGUCAACGUUGCCAGUGAAACUUGCAUAGCAGGGAAUAAUGUUGCUGAAAUGGCAGAGGGAUGUGUUAGUAGUGAUCAUGUCAAUGCGGAUAGUUUUUCACAGGCGUCAACUGUUGAGUUUUCUGAAUUACGUGCGCAUUCCAUAGCUGCAGCCCACACUGACACGAAUAUGAUGCCAGUAUCUAAUUCCGUUGCAUCUUCGUAUACUGGUUCCGAGUGUUCCUUAGAAGGAGGCGUCAUUGGGGGCGAACGAAUCAGCGACGAAGAAGUUACAACAGGCACGGUCGAUUAUCUAGUUAAAAAUUCUGCGGAAAACACAGACGAUGAAAGUGGUAGUACAGAUGAGGGAGCUUAUGGUGAAGGUGCUGCGCAACGACCACAACGCCCAACAUCACUUAAUUUGCCUAUGAUACAGUCUAACUUAUAUGAAAAUGCCGGACAAACGCCACCAGGAACACAAACAAUGCAAAAUUCAACUAUGCACAUGGAGAAUACCAAUUCACAUGCGCCAAAUGCAAGUGAUACGAAUUCAACUCCAAUAGGUUCCCCAGAAGAUGAAAUCGGCGCCAUUAACGAAGUGGCCGAGGCCACAGGCUACAGUGAUCCAUACGCAAAUCUAGGCAAAGUGCCUCCAAUUUGGGUGCCAGACAAUAUGGCUACAGGUUGCAUGCAGUGUCACGCUAAAUUCACCAUGAUUAAACGGCGCCACCAUUGUCGUGCUUGCGGCAAAGUACUUUGCUCAGUUUGCUGCAGUCAAAAAUUUAAGUUGGAGUUUCUCAGCAACACCGCCGAAUCACGUGUUUGCUUACAAUGUUUUCUUAUACUUACCCAAAGGCAGCAAGGUGGCGGCGUUGUUGGCAGUGAGGUUAAUGCUGGAGUCGAUAAUGAAGUUGCAUCAGCAGUAGUUGCAAACACCAAUGCUGCAGCUGAUCAAACGGAAGGUCAAGUGCGUUCACCCAAUCCGAAUAAUCCCAUGGAAUACUGUUCCACCAUACCGCCCUACCGGCAGGUGGAUGCACAGAACAUACAGCCGCCAUCGGUUAUUGUGCCAGUGGGCGUGCUUAAAAAAGAAGGCAGUAGCUAUUCCUCGAAUUCGUCGAACGGAGGCGGUGAUGGCGGCAAAAAAGGGCGCAAACGGAAAAGCGUUAUGUUCAGUGAUGGAAUAGCGCCCGGCAGUGACUUGGCUAGCAUGGAGCAUCAAUGGGCAGACGCAAAACAUGCGCGACGUGGUGCCCAUCAGCAGGGUGAUAAAUCAAGGGGCAGCAGCGGUGCAGUGAAUAAACCACCAACACCGGUGCGCACGCAACCAAGCGCAAGUAGUAGUAAUAGCGAUGCAACCACAAUAGGAUUAGUAGCAUCGCUGUUCCGCGGUUCCAUACCACCAAUGGCUGCAGCGGCAACAAUGGCAGCAGUGCAAGACGAUGAUAAAGGAUCAACGAAAUCAAUAACAAAUAAAACGAAAGGCUCCAAUAGCAGCGGUAAGGUUGCAGAUGCAGCUAUAAUUUCGCGACCUAAACGUUUGCCACCUUCGGGUAGCGAUGAAAAUGGCUGCUUCAUUCCACCGGGUGACAAUAACACUUUGCCACCAGUUUAUGUGCGCAAAGAUGAAAGCAACUGUGAUUUUGACUUCAAGGAAGUGCAGAACAACCAAGAACUUGUGGCGCGGCUACGUAGCGAAACGCUUAGAUUUGCGUUGGAAAAGAACUUGUUCGUAGAUGUGAAAAUAUUAAAUCUAAAAUGCUGCAUGAAUCGCACCGUCAUCAACUUCACAACUAGUGGCAUGCAUCAUGUUGGCAACGAUGAGCUUAUUAUUCUAUUGGAACUUGAAUCACAAUCCACCAAUGCAGUGAUCAAUAAAGAAACUGCUGCGCCAAUACCAAAGGACAUCUUUGUUCAUCUAUAUGAGAUCUAUCGUGAUGCUGAGUUGGGCAACCCAAUCGCCGAGCUGUCUUACACCAGCCCCAGAUCGAGUAAUUUUCUGGGAACACGUGAUUAUGGCGGUUUCAUCUUCAUACGCGCUACAUUUCAGUGCUUGCAAGAUGUGUUAGUGCCGGAGCAGCCCUUCCUCAUAGGCAUACUCAUACAUCGCUAUGAAGUGCCGUGGGCCAAAGUAUUUCCACUUCGCUUAAUGUUGCGACUGGGCGCGCAAUAUCGCUACUAUCCCUGCCCGCACAUCUCUAUACGUAAUCGCGAAUCAGUUUAUGCCGAAAUAGCGCAGACUAUAAUCAAUUUCCUAGCGGAUUUCCGCAAUUAUUCAUAUACAUUGCCUUGUAUUAAGGGCAUGUACAUACAUAUGGAGGAUCGACAAACGACGGUAAUGAUACCACGUAAUCGACAGGAUGACGUCAUUAAAGCAAUUAAAAAUGCCAGCGAUCAUAUAUUAGCGUUUGGUGGAAACUUUUCAAAAACUGCGGACGGACAUCUGGUGUGCAUGCAAAACGUUAAUGACAUGGGCACCGAAAUGUAUGCGUACUCAACGCAAGCCAUCAAUAUACAAGGGCAGCCGCGCAAAGUUACUGGCGCUAGUUUCUUCGUGUUGAACGAGUCUCUGAAAAGUACGAGCGGCCUCUCGGGCAAAUGUAGCAUCGUCGAAGAUGGUUUGAUGGUGCAAAUAUUACCCAGUAAAAUGGAAGAAAUUCGAAAUUCUCUACAAAAUCAUAAAGAUGUGGAAAUAAUAUGCGGUCCGGUGGACGCCGAUGACCAGCAAACUGAGGUUGUGAGCAUCAAAUGGGUGGAGAACGACACCGAUUUUAAUGUCGGCGUCAAAUCACCCAUUGAUGAAAAAUCCAUGGAAGGUAUUUCCAGUAUGCGUGUACACGAUAGUUUUAACUACGCGAACGCUAACUACGCUAUACGUCUUACAGAUAUUUAUAUACUUAAAUAUGACGAGUGGUACACAUCUGCGCAGUCUGCCUUGGCAGCCACUUCCAUGGACAUCACGCGCAUGGCCGGACAAAUUGCACGCAGUGCAUGUGUCGCAUUGGUGCCCUUUCUUGAUCUGCUGGUAGCAAGUGGCAGCCGGAAGCUAGCUUUGCGUGCAACCCUUCAUCAAGAGAAUGUUUGCUACGAGGCUGGCACACGCGGCAACAAGCUCCCUCCGCUCUAUAUGAAUGCUUUGGACGACAAUUUAAUACCGACAUUGCAUGGCGAAUCGUCCGGCAUUGAGGAUGCAAUAAUUUUAGAGCUAGUUUUUUACAUUUUAAAUUGUUAGUCUAUACUAUUCUAAGCGGUAUAUUGGAUAUGUGAGGCAGUAUUGCAAAUAGUGGACAGGAGCGCAUCUCUACGCUAUAUAUUACUAUAACUGAUCUAUAAAGUUAGCGUUAAAGCUUAAAGAAGCAUAACAUGUAUAAAUUCGUAAAUUGGGAAUGUAGGCCACAAAAAAAAUUGUUACUUUACUCUGGCAUUGGCUUAGCUAUGCCAUACGAGCGGCAACUAAAUUACGACAAUUGGCAAUAUAAUGGAAUGUAGUUAAACAAAUAUUAUCAUUUAAUCAGCGCUGAGACGUUUAGCAUGUAUUAUGAGUUCUUUUUAUCAAUAAGGCUGCUUUAAAAGCUAAUUUUGUUGGUAUGGGGGGUCACACAUACACUUGUGUGUAUAUUGAAUAUACGUAGUUAAGAUGAUUAGAGACCUUUUUGUGUAAUUUGUUUUUAAUGUAAAGAAUAAUAUGUAACUAAACGAA